AAAGGCACCGGCGCUAGGGGCCGCGCACCUCGGGGCCGCGGCGGGCCCGGGUCCAGGCUCGCACCGGCGCUCUCUAGCCGCGACCCAGCUCAGGCAGCCAGCAUCCCGAGCCCGGCCCCUCCAGGCGUCGCCCACGGCCCCCAGCGAGGAUGAGCAGCACCCCGGGCCAGGCACCAAGUCGCCUCUCAACUUUGUAAAGACAUGACUGGAGUGUGCCUGUGCGUAGCGCGGACAGGGAGCUGAUGCGGAGAGUCGGCCCGCUGCCCUGCCUCCUCCUCCUCCCAGGGCCGCCGCCGUCGCAGCCUCGCGCGUGCACAUACACGGCCCUCCGGCCGCAGUUCCGCGCUCCGGCCACGGGCUUGGAUGAGAGUUUUCCUUUCCGAAGGAGGCAGAGCCCGCGUGGAGCGCUGAGGGGGGCUCAGCCUCCACCCACGCGUCGCUAGUGUUGUCACGCGCGGGCUGGCCGGGAGAAGGGACCCGCUCGCCUAGCUUUGUUGUGGAAAUCCGGUUACCUGACUUAUCACCCAUCCCAUGGAUAAGUUACUUGACUUGCCUUGAAAGAAUCAAUAGUGCCAUUGGAUAUUGAUCAGCGUGGCCUCAGGGCUUUCAGAAUGAAUGGAAGGUCAUGUGGCAUGAAUCUCCACCGGACAUCAAGAACCCCACAGGGGCCUGGGCUACUCGGUGCUCAACAUAUCCCUCCCAUCAGGGCCCACGCAGGCACUCCCUGCUCUUCUUCCUGUGCCAGCACGCCGAGCCCCAGUAUUGGAAGUCUUGCUAACAGUCUUCACCUCAAGAUGUCCUCGGGAGCAGGGAUGGCUCCUCAGAGCAACAUGGCCUCAAGCCCCAUCCAUCUGCCUGCCCUGAGCCCCAGGAGACAGUUACUCGCCAAUGGGAAGCCUCAGUUCCAGGUCACCCCGACUGGUGUCAUGGCCGCACCGCUUACUAUAAAGCCCAAACAGCAAGAAUUUGGAGACCCCUUCUCUCCGAAUCCCGAGAAAGGGGCUCUUGGCUUUGGGCCUCAGUGCAAGUCCAUUGGAAAAGGCAGCUGCAACAAUCUAGUGGUCACCAGCAGUCCCAUGAUGGUUCAGCGACUGGGACCCAUUUCACCUCCAGCAAGCCAGGUCUCCACAACAUGCAAGCAGAUCAGUCCUAGCUUACCGAGGGCAGCGAAUGCAGCCAACCUGAAUAGACCUCCUUCAGAUACCAGGUCCGUUAUUUUGCAAGAGUCUCUGGUGUCCACGACUUUGAGUCUGACAGAGAGUCAAUCAGCCUUGAGUGUGAAGCAAGAGUGGUCUCAGAGCUACAGGGCUUUCCCUUCACUUUCAUCCAGCCACAGUUCCCAGAAUGGCACGGACCUAGGGGACCUUCUUAGCUUGCCUCCGGGCACACCAGUGUCUGGCAACAGCAUCUCUAACUCGUUGCCACCCUACCUUUUCGGCAUGGAAAAUAGCCACUCUCCUUACCCUAGCCCUCGGCACUCAGCAACCAGGGCCCACUCCACCCGCUCAAAGAAGAGAGCACUGUCCUUGUCGCCACUGUCUGAUGGCAUCGGGAUUGACUUCAACACUAUCAUCCGUACUUCACCCACAUCCUUGGUUGCCUACAUCAACGGAUCAAGAGCCUCCCCAGCCAACAUGUCCCCACAGUCAGAGGUCUAUGGGCAUUUCCUGGGUGUUCGUGGCAGCUGCAUCCCCCAGUCUUGUGCAGUGGCCAGCGGGCAGAAAGGCGUCCUGGUUGCCAGUGGAGGGCACACGCUGUCGGGCUAUGGAGAGGAUGGUACACUGGAGUACGAACGCAUGCAGCAGCUGGAGCAUGGUGGCCUGCAGCCCGGCCCUGUAAACAACAUGGUGUUGCAGCCCGGCCUACCGGGCCAGGAUGGCCAGACAGCCAACAUGCUCAAAACAGAGCGCCUGGAGGAGUUCCCGGCCAGUGCCUUGGACCUGCCCUCUGCUCUGCCUCUCCCUCUCCCUCCGCCUCAGGGCCCCCCACCCCCAUACCAUGCCCAUCCACACCUUCAUCACCCAGAGCUCCUGCCUCACACCCAAUCACUGGCCCUGGCCCAGACUGGCCUGGAAGAGGAUGGGGAGAUGGAAGACUCAGGGGGGAAGCACUGCUGUCGUUGGAUAGACUGCAGUGCCCUUUAUGACCAGCAGGAGGAACUGGUGAGGCACAUCGAGAAGGUCCACAUAGACCAACGCAAGGGGGAAGACUUCACGUGCUUCUGGACUGGCUGCCCUCGUAGAUACAAGCCUUUCAACGCACGGUAUAAACUGCUGAUCCACAUGAGGGUCCACUCCGGGGAGAAGCCCAACAAAUGUACGUUUGAAGGCUGCAAGAAGGCCUUUUCCAGGCUCGAGAACCUCAAGAUUCACUUGCGGAGCCACACGGGUGAGAAGCCAUACUUGUGCCAGCAUCCAGGCUGCCAGAAGGCCUUCAGCAAUUCCAGUGACCGUGCCAAGCACCAGAGGACACAUCUUGACACUAAACCUUAUGCUUGUCAAAUUCCAGGAUGUACAAAGCGCUACACAGACCCAAGUUCCCUAAGAAAGCACGUGAAGGCACAUUCUUCCAGAGAGCAGCAGGCAAGGAAAAAGCUACGGUCUAGCACUGAGCUCCAUCCAGAUCUCCUCACGGACUGCCUCGCCGUGCAGCCCCUGCAGCCAGACACUUCCCCUGGAGAUGCUGCUGAUCAUACCGUGGGGCAGUCCCCAGGGCCGGGGCCUGGGUCUGAACUCUAUUCAGCUCCCAUUUUCACCAGCAAUCAUUCAACUCGAAGUGGAACAGCUGCUGGGGCCGGGCCACCCCCACAUCCUGUCAGUCACCCUUCUCCGGGACAUAAUGUACAGGGGAGCCCCCACAACCCCUCCUCCCAGUUACCUCCACUCACAGCUGUGGACGCAGGCACUGAGAGGUUUGCACCUCCGACUCCAUCUCCUCACCACAUCAGCCCGGGAAGAGUUCCAGCUCCUCCGUCCCUGCUCCAGAGAGCACAGGCUCCCCACUCCCAGCAGCCACCAGGCUCACUCCUGAAGCCCUACCAGCCAGAAACCAACUCUUCUUUCCAGUCAAAUGGUAUCCAUGUCCACGGAUUUUAUGGCCAGCUGCAGACAUUCUGCCCCCCGCAUUAUCCUGAUUCCCAAAGAACUGUGCCACCCAGCAACUCCUGCAGUAUGGUGCCUUCCUUUGAGGACUGCCUGGUCCCCACGUCCAUGGGUCAAGCCGGUUUUGAUGUUUUCCACAGAGCAUUCUCAACACACUCAGGCAUCACAGUGUACGAUUUGCCUUCAGCUUCCUCAAGCCUCUUUGGGGAAUCUCUUCGCAGUGGCCCUGAAGACCCCACGUUCUUGCAGCUCAGCGCUGUGGACCGCUGUCCCAGCCAGCUCUCCUCUGUGUAUACCGAAGGCUGAAAGUUCCCGUGCUUCUCCUGCGCUCUUGGGACCUUUGAGUAACUUGUCACCUCUUAUUUUCAUACUCUCACAAGCCGUGUAAAGAAUGUCAACCAAAUCCAUGGAGCCAGUACAGUCACUAGGACUGUGGAAGGCCCGACUGGAGGGUCAGACCUGGCCUUCAGAAGUGUUUGCACCUCUUCCAGCUUCUCAAUUUGCUGGGCCAGGUUACCAGCAGGUAUUUCUUUUCAAAGGGAAUUUAGAGUCUCAUUUUAAGGAUACCUGUUACUUCCAGACCGUCAGCUCUCAAAAGACACCAAUGAAUAUGCACAAGAACGGGAUGACCCUUGCUAAAGACUCAGAGAACAACCUAGGCCCCAGGGCAAAGUGUACUGUCUUGCCCAUGCUUUCUCUUGUGGCAAAAGUGAUGCACAGCCGUGAACGGUGGAGGAAAUCCAUGUCUUAAGCACGCUAUGCCUUGGACUCUCUCAAACUCUGGCUUUACCAUGUGUCUUACAUAGCCCGCGCUAACUAGUUACUUUUCAGUUGCUUCUCCAAUGGCAAAAUAAGGUUUUAUAUUCAGUAACCUUCUUUGGUUUUGAACUUUAAAGACUUGAUAUUUACAUCUACUUUUAAAGGAAAAAUAUUUAAAGGUUUAUUCUUUUGAUAGAAGUCAUUACCAUUUUAAUCAGCCCUGGGUACAUGUAUUUUACCACAGCUAUAGCAAGAGUUUAGCCGUUUUGCAGUUUAGUAGAGGUUAUCUGAGGGAAACAGAAUAGUUAACACACACACACACACACACACACACACACACACACACACACACUCACAUUCUCACCUGAGUCCAGGAUUAUUGCAAGAAUCCUCAUAUGCUGCGUAUGGGGUAUACACCUAGAACCCCAGCCCUCUUAAGGUACUCUGAGUUUGAAGCUACUCUGGUCUACACAGUGCGUUCCAGUCCAGCCAGGGCUAGAUGGCAAAGCCCUGUCUCAAGAAAAAUACCUCUCCUGUAUGAUGGCUCAGUGGUUCCAUCUUGGAAACCUUUUCAUUUGAAGGGUUCAUGCAUGGCCUUUGCUCCGUUGUUCUGCCUGGGACAAAACAGGGGACACAUUGAGUCACAUGUGUGGGUUUGUCCAGAAAGCCAAACUCGGCGCACCUCUUGUCCCCUGUGUCCUCUGUGUGUUUCUGCCCAGUUCCCUGAGGUGAUCCUGUCAUCUGCCUGUCUUCUCUCUGGCUCCACUCCCUGUGCAUACACACUCUCUCCCUUUUCCUGACUGGUCAGACGCGCUGACGAUCCACCACAUUUGAUCAACUCUCGGGAAGGUUCUGAGGAGGCAGGGUUUUGGAACUCGGCUUUGAAGGCCUAGAAUUUUUCACAGAGCCUAAAACUAUGAUGAGCCUAAAUAAGACAUCAUUUUCUAGUGACAUUUUUAGAAAAACACUUUAAAAGGCCCCGUGUCCUUAGGGAAAGGGUACACAAACAGGCCAGACUGCACUUCACCUGGUCAGUUCCAACAUCCUGGUUUAUUCCCAUUGUAGAAUUUUUUUCUCUUUAAAAAAAGUUGAUUUAAAUAGAACUAAAGCAAAAUUCUUCAUGAAACUGGGCUCAGUAUCACUUUCAAUGCAACAGUUAAACAGCUCAGUGUCAGAUGUGGGUCCUGAGACUGUAUCCUCAUGGGCAGGCCUGUGAGCCUGGCCCCACAUCAGAAGAGAUCCACUGCGUGUCUUGCUUCCUUCCAAGAUGGCACUGUAUACUGUAUACUGAAUGGGGAGAUGAAGAACCAAGUAUGGGUUCGUUCUCUCUCUCUCUCUCUCUCUCUCUCUCUCUCUCUCUCUCUCUCUCUCUUUCUCUAACAGCACAUUAGUUGGUCUGGUGUUGCCAAAGAGGCCAUAUUCUUGGGGGGGGGGUACUAUCUUGCAAGCUUCUAAGCCACAAGACUUCAAAUUCUUUCUUCUUCUGAGCUUUAAGGAAGGAACCCUAUCAGGCUUCCUCAGCAGUAAGCUCUCAAGCUGCUAGAAACUACCACCCUUCCAGAGCUCCUGAACAGAUGAGAGGCACCAUGGUCUUACAACCAAUCUUUUCUACUCUGCCUUAUGGAUGUGUAUAGGAAAGAGAAGUCAUAGCAAGGAAUGGAAGCACAGACCAUGUGUGACAUCUCUCCCUGUAGUGGAGGCAUGAGGCCUGGGAGCCAGGCUCUGGACUCAUGGUGGCCUUCCAUGUGACAUUGCUUUUCUGGGUCAACUAAGUAGGAGGGAUCCUUGGAGAAACUGUGUCAUCAGGGCCUUCUUACUAGGUCAGACCUACCCCAGAGGGACGUUCUUGCUAUCAGAAGGCAUGAGCAGAGCUAGGUCCCAUGUAGCCCCUCAAAGGCCCUGCAGGAUAUUCCCGGUAGCCACUGGUCUGGGGACAGGGCCUAGAGUCAUGACAUAUACUGGCUCCUUCAGAGUGUUAGGUUCCAGAAUUUCUCCUCAGCAUGAAUGUGUUCUUGGCUCAAAGUUUCAUCUGUAUUUUGAAACAAUGAAAGCAGAGCUUGAAAACAUAAUUAUUCCCGUCCAUUCCUAGACCCUUCUAGUCCUGAUGGGUAGCCAUUUUCAUAAACAUCCAAAUGGAAAUUGUCAUUCUGCUUUAAAAACAAAAUCACAAACAAUAAAGACUAGUGCUCCUGAAAACACAUACAACCCGAAGACAAUUAUUUUAUUCCAUAGUAAUAAAAAAGGUCAGUAUGACUAGAGACAUAGCCCUCAUCCAUUGUCAUAACUCCCUAAAGGAACUACUUCAAAGUGUCACUUGUAAUUUACUCUCUGAUCGGCACAUAAGUGCCAUUUAAAUAUUCCCUGGGCCUGUGAGAUAUGGUCCUUUACAUUGGUCUCCACCACAUGACCCAGGGAAUUCUUAAGUGGAAAACAAGGUAUUUGGUAGACCUCAGCCAAAAGUCUCCUGACAAGAGUGUUGAUUACGUUCAGUGUCCUCAAGUGACCAUCUGCCAAAUGUACUAGUUCACUAAUGCAAGCUUAGAACGGGGCUAACCUGUCUCCCUGUCCCAGAGCUCAGGCCCCCUUCCCAUCUCUCUAUUGCCUGGAAGUAUUGACAAUGUUCAGUUUUAUUAUUUGGUGUUUGAUUUGAUUUGACUGUUUAGAUCAAUGAUGUUAUUGCUGUGGAUAAAGUAACAGAGACAGAGAAAACCAAACUCAUUGGAGAAAAUGGCCUGUGUUCAAAUGAAGAGAUUUAUUUUGUACAGAGAAGUGUCCUCUGUGAUGUUGCUGACAUAAAGCACUUUGGGGGGGAAAAAAGUGGAAAUCUGUUUUCCAUAAAUCACAUAGGCCCUUGUACGUUGUUCUAUACACUCAUGUAGAGAAAUGAGCUUCGUAUAUCAUACUGGAUAUGGGGCCAGUUUGACGGUAGGGGCACAUGUGGUGCUUAUUGUCGUAAAUCUUUUAAGGAAUUAGGUACACUUUUUUCUAUUAAUAUGUAUAGUUUUACGAUUUGUCACAGUUAUGUUUCAUAUAAUCAUAAGUUAUUUUGUCUUGUUUCAUGAAGUCCUUUUUUUUUUAUGUCAAAAGUAAAAUGAAGGGAUUGUAUACUUGGCACAGAAUAAAACUGGAAAUAGAGUCUGCCCCUCCUGCCUGAGGCGCUCCUUCAGCGCGUCAGCUUAAAACACAAUGGUAACCAGCGUUGUUUGUUUGUUUGUCUUAUUGUUCUGUUCUCUUCUGUCACCAACCUCCUCUGUAUUGGGGAUGGUGAUUAUAAUUAAAAGCAGAUGGGGAGGAAGGGGUGUCCAAGGCCAGCUUUAAAAUGCCGCAUCGCUUUGGGCCAGAACUGAAGCCUGGAUUUAAUUAUAGAUAUGAGGACGAAAUGGCAGUAAAAAUGAAUGUCUCCCUGAAUCCUUUACAUGUUGGGAGUGUCCAUAAAUAAAACAUGAAGUUUUAUUUCAU